AUGUCUCAACGUAACAAAGUGAAAUUCGCUAGUGAACCUUCAUCAGGUUCUACAUCGUCCACUGAAUUCGUGCCCAUCCAAGAUUCCGGCUUCACAGCUAAAUUUCAUCCAAUUCCUCACGCCUUGAUCACACUCAGCCAACUGACAUUGUCAACGCUAUGCCUUUUUUAUAUUCCCCCCGCGAAACUUUUGGAUGAUCCAGUAAAUUGUUUAAACAUAACGACUGGAUUAUUAAUCAUUGUACAAUUGUUUAUCGAGAUCAUUAGGUGGAUGUUAUAUUUGCAAGGCGAUGGAGUUGAAACUGCCAAAUCUGUAAAGGCUAUGAUCAGAAAUUUGAUAAAGUACAAGGGUGCGAAUUUUGGUCACGCAAUAUGGAUAACGCUAUUUGGAGCAUUUAUGUUUCAUCUUAUCGCAAUUCUGUUCGGUGCGCCACUCAUCUCCAGCAAUGUACAAAACACAUGGUUAUUCGCGCUUUAUAUGUCACUGCUCACUAUAUUUCCCCCCGCUGUGGCCUUUAAAAAUCAUGGACCUUAUUGGUCGAGGGUGUUUUCUGAUAACAAUCCAGAAAGCAUCCCAGAAAAAAUGAUAUAUUACACGACAGUAACGACAGUUGUUGGAGCGUGGUUGGGUGCCACGGUUAUACCAUUGGAUUGGGAUAGACCGUGGCAGGUAUGGCCAAUUUCUUGCGUGAUCGGAGGUUACAUAGGACAUGUGGUCGGGAGUAUUUUGUCAUUAAUUACAUGUUGCUUUGGGAAUGAAGGAGCCGGUGUACGAAAGAAGCGAUUUUGA